CCCAAGCAUGGCUGGAGAUUCCAGAAUCUUCAUGAACCAGGACAUGGAAAUUGGUGUCACUCCAAGAGAGCCUAAGAAGUUUCCCAAGCAAGCCCGGGAUGAAGUCCCAAUUGCUACUGAUCGAACACGCCUUUUGGCAGCAGAAAUCAAGAAGCCACGCCAACGCUACAUGGAAAAAAGUGGCAAGUGCAACGUGCACCAUGGAAACGUCCAGGAAACCUACCGAUAUCUCAGUGACCUCUUUACCACUUUGGUGGACCUCAAGUGGCGCUUUAACCUUCUUGUGUUCACCAUGGUCUACACUAUCACUUGGUUGUUUUUUGGGUUCAUUUGGUGGCUCAUCGCCUACAUUCGAGGAGACCUAGAUCAUGCAGAAGAUGAAGACUGGAUCCCUUGUGUUGACAAUCUCAGUGGGUUUGUCUCAGCAUUUCUGUUUUCCAUAGAGACUGAGACCACCAUCGGGUAUGGCCAUAGGGUGAUCACUGAAAAAUGUCCUGAAGGUAUCAUACUGCUUUUAGUUCAGGCCAUACUGGGCUCUAUAGUCAAUGCAUUCAUGGUAGGGUGCAUGUUUGUGAAGAUCAGCCAACCAAAGAAAAGGGCAGAGACCCUCAUGUUUUCCAACAAUGCUGUGAUUUCUAUAAGAGACGAAAAGCUGUGUCUCAUGUUCCGGGUUGGGGAUCUCAGAAAUUCCCACAUCGUUGAGGCUUCCAUUAGAGCCAAGCUGAUUAAAUCCAAACAGACUAAAGAAGGGGAAUUCAUCCCCUUGAACCAAACAGACAUCAAUGUGGGGUUUGACACAGGGGACGACAGGCUGUUUCUGGUGUCUCCGCUCAUCAUUUCACAUGAAAUCAAUGAGAAGAGCCCCUUUUGGGAGAUGUCCCGUGCCCAGCUGGAGAAAGAGGAAUUUGAAAUCGUGGUCAUUUUGGAGGGGAUGGUGGAAGCAACUGGAAUGACUUGCCAGGCUCGGAGCUCCUACAUGGACAAAGAAGUGCUUUGGGGGCACCGUUUCACGCCCGUGCUCACCCUGGAGAAGGACUUUUAUGAAGUUGACUACAACAGCUUUCACUGCACCUAUGAAACCAACACACCUGCAUGCUGUGCCAAAGAACUGGCCGAAUCUUUCCGGGAGGGGCGGCUCCUCAGCCACCCAUCCAGUGCCAACCUCUUGAGUGGGGGAGAACUGGAGAAGGCAAAAGAGGAAGAGGGAAAAGAGGUUCAGGAAGAGAGAAAACUCAAGGAGAAGGAGGAGGACAAAGAUGAAUGCCAGGAGCCAGCAGAGCUGAACGGAGCCAACGGGACAGCAGGAGAGGUGAAGGGCAUCCUGUCCUCAUAACAGAAAGACUUGCUGAACUAUAGAUAAUUUAGGUGCUCCUACCACAGAGGAG